GCUGUGUAUCUGCAUAGGGAAGACGCCUACGCUGACGACCAAAGCCGAACGGGCCAAACACCGCCUGCCUGGUGCUCGUAAUCGAAUGGACUCAAGAAAAUCGCUCCAGUACGAUUUUUUGCUCACGAGGUGCAUCCAAGCAUGCUCAGCGAGCUGGAAAGAUUCCGCCACGGACAUCGCGCGCCUGUUUCCCCCCGUGUGCCAUUUCGCGUGCGUGCUUGGGCUCGCUGUGAACGGAGGACGUGUUUGAGUCUGUCAGGCCACCGCCCGACUCGGAGAGCGCGACGCGCAUGUCGUGGGCCCAUUUCAAGACGCUGUCCUUCAGCGGGGCACAUUCCAGGAGGGAGCAUCGGGCGAUGCUGUGCAGUCUCGGGCGGCGGAUCAUCGCCGACAGAGCGACGACGCUCGUCGAGUCUGAUCCCAUUUCUUGCUCGACGCCUCCACUCGCGCAUGACGCUUCCUCUCCCACUUACUAGCGCGAGUUUGCGUUCUCAAACACGAGUGUCCUCGGAUCCGACCUCAUUUCUCGAUUGACAUCCCACGCGCGCACACGUCCCCUCACCUUAUCAAAGCAGCCAGCGCUUUUCUAGGCUUUGCACCCGCCAUCCUGAUCGCUGACAAAGCCACGAGGCUCGAGCAGACACAGCGCUCUUAUCUCUCGAUCGACGCCCCGCGCGCGCAUCGCACGUCCUCCCCCCACACACCGUGUCUGGUCGUGCUGGGGCACGAAGUCAAUGGGGACGGUGCACCAGCGCGCUACAAGGGUCACGCGCUGCUGGCGGCCACGCAGUUGCAUCCGCAUCCGCAUUGGAGCCAGGCCGCGCUGUUCCACCUAGUUUUGUCACCCAUUUAUCGCAUGCGCUGCAGCGACGACAAGGAUAUCAGGGGCAAAAGACAACAGCACAUCAUGCGUACUUUCAUGCCCGGCUGGUUCGGCCGCAUGGACUGUCUCGACCGGCAUACGAGCUGAACCGGUCCUGCUACGGGCGUCGGCGGCCAGCCACAUCCUCCCCGUUUUCGUUGUCGCAGCGCGGACGCACAGGCGUGAUUGUGCUUACAUAACUAGUGGCAUGCACGAGGAUCCCAUUUCACGAUUGACGCCUCACGCACGCACGGGACGGCGUUCUCCCGACACACGCCGCUACAUGCGCUGUUGCUCGAUGUGAGUGCGCCGGCCGGCACACAUCCUUCUCCUUGCCUUCGCCCUCGGAUGACGCAGCAGCCGCACAACAUGCCGGCCACGGGCAUUCACAUCCUGCCCCGGCCGAGACGGUGCACGUGGACGCGCCGUCGUUGGCCCCAGACAGGCACCUGUCGUCGUGGCGCAUAAGGAAUCGAUUGGAUGAAACCAGCCUCAUUCGGCGCUGCCGGUAUCGGAGAGACGCACUGCACCGCCGCUUUCGCAUAUCGCAUCUCCGCACCAGCGUCUCGAUGCAGAUCUUUCUUUCUCAGAGCCUGCAGUAUGUCUUGCGCCAGAACGCCGUGGCCUGGCAGAGGCCUGUUGGGACACAGGAUAGAGCACGUUUGGCGCACUUGCGGCUCCCCAGACCGCGUACUCGUCCGGGUGGUUUGGGCUUGCAUGAGCGCACCACUGGAUCGGUCGACCGCGCACAGUACGGACGGGACGCGAGCACUGCAUGCUGGCAGAACAGCAGAGCGGAGGAGAUGGCCAUGAUGAUGAUGUUGAUGGGCACGAGAAACACCACCAGCCCAGCGAAAAACAGAACCAACGACGUGUGCAGGAGAAGCGGGGGAAUGCCAACAACAAGAUGCAGAUUGAAGCGGCGUAAAUCGUAUUUAGAGAUACAUGUAUUUACACACGCGACCGGAUGGAAGGGGAAGAGAACACGGUCGUUCGGUGUUGGUACUCCCCCGCCCACUGCUCGACGAGUGUCGCAACGAGCGCACUUGACAAGCUCCGUGCGAGGCUGGUGAACCACAGUACGUUGCACAUGAUGGAUGGCAGCGAGGGCGAGAACGCAGCGGGGGCAGGGAGUGGGUCUGUCACCGCCGUGCCGUUGUUCAGAUUCGCAAGCUGGUGCGAGAUCUGUGUGAGCAGAGCGACGGUCUGGCUGCC